AUGGGAUUCGAUAAUGAGUGCAUUGUCAACAUUCAAUCACUUGCGGGAGAGUACUUCUGUCCAGUUUGUCGCCUCCUUGUGUACCCAAGCGAGGCUAUGCAGUCACAAUGCACUCACUUAUACUGCAAACCAUGCUUGACAUAUGUAGUGAGCACAACGAGAGCUUGCCCAUACGAUGGUUACUUGGUCACUGAGGCGGAUUCUAAGCCUCUUACAGAGUCGAAUAAGGCACUUGCUGAAACUAUUGGAAAAAUACCUGUUCAUUGCCUAUAUCACAGGAGUGGAUGCACAUGGCAAGGAACGUUGUCCGAGUGUACAUCACAUUGUUCUGGAUGUGUUUUUGGCAAUUCACCUGUUGUUUGCAAUAGGUGUGGAAUCCAAAUAGUGCAUCGACAAGUACAAGAGCAUGCACAAAGUUGUCCUGGUGUGCAAAGUCAGGCACAGCAGGUUGCCGUUACCCAGGAACCUUCAGCCACCAGCACAGUUGCCUCUACUGAUCAGAACCAGACUGCUGCUCCAGUUGGAGCUGUGGCUUCACAAGCUUUGAAUUCUCAAACCGCUGUUACAACAACUACAUCUGGGCAGGAUUCGAGUCAGCUACCUAACCCAGCAUCUCAAUCUCAACCAACGCAGAAUGUUCAGACUGCUGCACCAACUGCAGAGCAAUGGUAUCAGCAGCAACAAUAUCAACAAUACUACCUGCAAUACCCUGGUCAAGAUCCUUAUCAACAGCAGUAUCAACAUUACUACCCUUAUCAACAACCAGUAGGUCCACAGUACCAGCAGCCCUACAGCCAGCCCCAACCUCAGUCUCAGUCCCAGCCCCAGUCCCAGCCCCAGCCUCAGCCACAAGCCCAACACCAAGUGCAGCCUCAGCCACAAGCCCAACACCAAGUGCAGCCUCAGCCACAAGCCCAACACCAAGUGCAGCCUCAACUUCAACCGCAGGGAGUUUCUAAUCCGCUUCCACAAGUUCCGGCUCCUGUGGCUCCGCAACCACAGAAUCAGAUGCAAGUUAACCAACAACAGCAGCAGCUUCAACCUGCUGUAACGCCACAUGGUCAGAUUCUGCCACAGAGUAAUCCACCGGGUCUCACCCAAGCACUCUCUCAGCCUCAGUCUUCAUAUCCUUACCCCCUAGUUCCUCAUGCUGUCCAGCCUCACCCUCAACCUCAGCAACAUAUGCAAAUUCCUCCUUAUCAGCAGCCUCACUCUCAAGCUCAGCAUUCACAGCCUCAAAUUCAACAGCCAGCUCAGAAGUAUCCUGUUUCUCAACCUCAAGUUCAUUCACAAGCACACCCUAAUGCUCCAGUUCAACAUCUUUCUCAGUCCCAAAUGCGUCCUCACCAGUCCCUAACUCCUAGUGUCCAACCUCAAGGACAAAAUGCAUCGUCAAAUGCAGUAACAGGCUUUCAAUCUUAUCCACAACCACAACCUCAACUUCACCAGAGUACUCAGCCAGGAGCUCCUCAACAUGGUAUGCAGAUGCAUGCUCAAAGUGGGCCUCUGCCUCAUGCUCAGCAUCCAGUCCUGAUGCAGAAUCAGUUUCCUCAGCAAAUUCCAGUGAUGUUUUCUAAUCAGCAACAGCCAGCUUUAUUGCCUUCACCUGUUCAAGGCCAAGGUACCCCUCCUAUCCAACAGCCGCCGGUUUAUAAUCCCAAUCAACAACCUGGCCCAAUUAACCACCGUCCUACCCUGCAACCAGUUCAACAAAGUUUGGCUCAGCAACCUUUUGCACACAUGCCCAUGUCUUCUCAUUUACGACCUCAAGGUCCAGGACAUUCAUUUCCCAGGCAUUCUUUUCCACCCGCACAAGGUAAUCCUGCACCGUUAAAUAGCACUCAGCUCAGUCAAUCCCAAAAUGCUGUUGGAAAACCUUCAAUCCCCAAUCAUCCAAUACAAAUACAGCCAUUUGCACACACUGCUAAUAACAUUCCAGUUAGACCAGGGCAAACUGGUUCCAGCCACCUGCCUGAAAACCAUAAUUUGUUGGUUGGGACCAAUAAUCAAGUGCAGUUGUCUUCUGAUUUGCAGUCUGGGGCUCCAGCACCUCAUGAAAGGCAAGGCAAUGCCACUGAACAGCACAGUGACUCUGCCACUGGGAAACUUGCUAAAAAUUCUAAAGAUUUUUAUACAGCAUCGUUAUCAGAAAAUGAGUUGAAAUCUGAAAAGGUCAAAAUGGAUAUAAAGCCUAUUGAUGCUGGGAACAAGCAAAAUGGUGGAGAUCAAAAUGCCGUGAAAACUUCAGGCCCAAAUGUCAAUUCAUUAGAAAAUGGUGAUUCAGUGGGUCAGAGUGUUGGUAAGGAAGAGGUUGCUGAAAAUAACGGUAAUGAGCAUUCUGCUCCCAAGGGCAAUGAGAAUCAAGAUGGUCCUCUGCUGAAGAUGGAAACCAAGAAAGAGUCUGAAACUGAUGAAGUGAAUAAUGAUGAUGCACACACUUCAAGACCUGCUGCUGAUCAUGGUAAGCAACAUCAGCCAAUGACUGAAUAUGCUGCUGUCCAGCAGAGGUCUUCUGCAAUGUUAGGAUCACAGGUGCUACGUCCAGCAGGGCCAAAUGAUCCUCUCCCUUCUGGACACUCUUCUACUUUUGUCAGGAAUCAUGUACCUACCCAUGAUCCUCAUUUGGGACAGGCAACCAUGUUAAAGCAGCCGCAAGUGCACAACCUUCUAGAGAUAUGCACGGUGGGUUGA